CUGAGACAACGAACUUGUUCACUAGAAGCCAUUUUUUCUGUGUUUUCAUAUAUUCCAGUCAGCACAAAGAAGAAGAGGAGCAAAGAACGAGAUGCAGGCCUUAUGGAUCUCCUUGAAGGAUAAUGUCAAAUGUGGAAACAAGAUCAACGAUGUAAUCAAGCAGCAAACGAAAUGCAGCAAGGGAAGUGGCUGUGUUUCAGAAUGGGAGAAAACGAAUGGCUAUAAUAGAUCUCUAAUGCUAACCCCAACUAGCCAAGUAGUUUCAAGACCAAGCAAUACACUGGGAAGGCUUCAUGAACUGGGUGUUGGAGACCCAUCAAGAAAAAUUGUGGAAAUGAUCUUUCAAAAAGCUUGGCUCAACACAUCAAAGCCACUGAAAAAGGUUAGAACAGUCCUCAGGGUGAGCUACUCAGAAGAAGUCCUUGAAAGGUUUGAAAAAUAUAGAGAAAAUGUGAAGAAGGUGGCCUCUGAGCAAUAUCCAAGGCAUCCAAGGAGCACAGUUGAUGGGAAUGAGCUGUUGCGGUUCUAUGGUACUACAGUGAGAUGUUUCCAUGGGAAAUCUACUAAGAGAGUUCAUGAUCUUUGUAAAGAUCCAUCUUGUUAUCUAUGCCAAAUAAUUCAAUUUAAUUUCAAGACACAAUACGCCCACUUGAAUACGAGUGACAAAGAGUUGAGUAACGGAGCAACUGCCACUGCCAGGGUACAUAGCGUGAAAAAAGCUGCAAUAAUUUGCAGGAUAAUUGCUGGAAUUCCAGAAAAUGAAGUUGAUGGUGAAUAUGAAGGACCUGGCUCAACUGGGUUAGGAGAAAUGCAGUUUAGCUUAGAAAAAUUUGUAGUAAAAAAUCCCAGUUCUAUUCUUCCUUGUUUUGUAAUAAUUUUCAGCUAACAAGUUUUGUAGGUGUAAAUUAUCAUUA